GUUGCGCAAGUGAUAUUUUUGUGGCAUCCAUUACUUUUAAUGCUACAAAAGAACGGUACAUGCUUAUUUAAAAAAGAACAUAUCAAUAAAAUCUACACAAAAUUCUCUAUCUUUUAGCAUCAGAACCAAACCUUCUGGUCGAGUCUAAUUUGAGAAAAAAGCCUAUCAAAAACCGGCAAUUUCCUCUGCCGUACCCGUUAUGUUAAGUAGAACAAAAAUUCAAGAAUUGAACUUUCAUAACCUUUAACCACAUGUGUUAGCUUCAAUUUUAAAAAAUCUCAUGUCUUUCUGAUGUACUAUCACUGUCAGACAGAAUUAUGAUAAAUACCAAUUAAUACUUUCAAGGAAAGAUAGCGAAAACGUAUAGUACAGAAUCUGAGGCGCCUGUUAAAUGUCUCAUAACUUUUAAGAAAAACAUCAUUCAGUAGUUCGAUGUCUUGAUACAUUCAAAAGCUUUAAUUACAAAAGUUUGCUGUACAAUCUAACAUAACUGGAAUUACAUAGUUCACUCAAAAAACAUUAAGGAGAAUGUAUGUUUAAAAAAAGUCAUACUUUAAAAGUUUAUCGAUAGUUUUUUCAAAAACUCUUAGAAACUGUUGAUAGGGACAAAAGAAAUAUGGAUGGAGCUGUUUGCCCACCUGUGAGGUCUGAGCAACUCUUUAAGCUUGAGCCACAAUAGACUUUUAUCGUUCUUUUUUGUUGAACAAUAGAUUUAUUCUCGCGUUUUUCUGUUUCGAAGAAGAUAGGCUGACUAGCAACAAUAUAUCAAGAUGAAAAGAAUUUUAUAAAUUAAUGAACUGAACGAUAGCUGAACUGAGCUCUUCAUUGGUGAUGUUUACUUUUCUCAUGCAGAUCAGUUGAAAAUGAAAUUUAGUGUUCUUUUCUUUUCUGACCAUCUUCAUCCAAACACUCUCUGGCUUGUGUUAUUUUGUGUACAUAAUUUAGAUUUAUAUUCGAUUCUAAAAUUUUCUGAAAUGUCUGCCAUUACAUCAUCGCCAGAUAUUACUCCGUCUUAUGAUCGUUUACCGAACACAGUGGUUCCCGUUCAUUAUCAACUAAUUAUUAAUACAAAUUUCGAAAAUUUUACAUUUAGUGGACACGUGAUUAUCGAUAUUAAAAUCACUAAAAGUGUCGAUAGUAUUGUAUUGCACGGUAGUGAAUUAACUAUAGAUAAUGCUCGGUUUUAUAAAAACAAUGAUAAUACAACAUCUCAAAAUGGUAAUGUAACUUACGAUAAAAAAAAUGAACAAAUUAAGUUUAAAUUUGACAAAUUAAUACAAGCGGGUGAAGGUAAAUUAGAUAUUUUAUUUACUGGUAUUAUAAACGAUCAGUUACGUGGGUUUUAUCGAACACAGCACAAAACGGCACAUGAGAAUAGUAAAUAUGGAGCGUGUACACAAUUUCAACCAGCUGAUUGUCGUCGUGCAUUUCCGUCAUGGGAUGAACCAUCAUUCAAAGCGACAUUUUCCAUCACACUACGAGUACCAAAACAUCUUCUUGCUUUAUCAAAUAUGCCCGUUAAAUCUGAACAAAUUGACAAAAACAAUGAUUCGAUGAAAAUCGUCGAAUUUGAUGUUACGCCAAUAAUGUCAACAUAUUUAGUUGCCUAUGUUAUUGGUGAGUAUGAUUAUGUCGAGCAAACUGAUCCAAAUGGUGUUUUAGUGCGAGUGUACACGCCAAUAGGAAAAAAAGAACAAGGUCUCUUUGCACUUGAAACAACUAGUAGAAUUUUACCGUUUUAUGCAGAUUAUUUCGGAAUUAAAUAUCCAUUAGCAAAAUUAGAUUUAAUUGCGGUUCCAGAUUUUGGCGCAGGUGCAAUGGAAAAUUGGGGUUUAAUAACAUUUUGUGAGACGUAUUUAUUAAUUGAUAAUCAUACAUCGACUCAAAAAUCAAGACAGGAGGCAGCCUUAGUCAUUGCGCAUGAACUCGCUCAUCAGUGGUUUGGAAAUCUAGUUACAAUGACGUGGUGGGAUGAUUUGUGGUUAAAUGAAGGUAUCGAUAUACUGUUUUGUUUUGCUUCUUGGGUUGAAUAUUUGGCUGUUGAUCAUAUUUAUCCCGAAUAUGACAUAUGGACACAAUUUGUGGCAAGUACAUUAGCUGAUUGUAUGAUACCCGAUGCUUUGAGAAAUAGUCAUCCGAUUGAAAUGCCAAUAUCGAAAGCGUCAGAAAUCGAUGAAAUAUUUGAUGAAAUUAGUUAUGAGAAAGGAUCAAGUAUUAUUCGUCUUCUUCAUUCUUAUAUUGGAAAUGAAGCAUUUCAAAAAGGUUUAUCAAAUUAUCUGAAAGAAUAUGCGUAUAGAAAUACGAUUACAGAUAAUUUAUGGCAACAUUUAUCGAAAACGGCGCAAAAUAAACCAGUUAGUGAAGUAUUAUCAACAUGGACUAAACAAAUGGGUUAUCCACUAUUAACAGUUAGUCAAGAACAACAAGGAAAUAAUCGCGUGUUAACCGUUGAACAAAGUCGAUUUUUAGCUGAUGGUAGUGUGGAUGAUGAGAAUUUAUUAUGGAAAAUACCGAUAACAAUUUGUACAAAAUCAAAUCCAAAUGAAAUUGUUCAUCAGGUAUUUUUGAAUGGUGAAAAGAAGAAACAAUUUGUAUUGGAAAAAAUACCGGAAAGUGACUGGAUUAAAUUAAACUUAUUUAGUGUUGGCAUCUAUCGUGUUAAGUAUCCAUCAAAAAUGUUAGAUGAUUUACUUGUAGGUAUACAUGAUCAUACAUUAAGCCCACAAGAUCGUUUUAAUGUGCAAAAUGAUUUAUAUGCGCUAUCACACGCUGGCAUAUCAUCAUACAUUGAUUAUUUAAAACUACUUCGUUCAUAUAAACAAGAAGAUAAUUAUACAGUAUGGAAAUCAAUAGUUGGCCAAUUAAGUGAUCUUAGUUCUAUUUUGGAAUAUCGUCCAGAUCUCUAUGAUUUAUACAAAAAAUUUAUUAUUGAUUUAUUAUCUCAAAUCUAUUUAAAAUUAGAAUGGGAUCCUCGACCAAAUGAAGGUUCACAAACACCAAUGUUAAGAUCAUCGAUAUUGACUCAAAUGGCAUUAAAUGGACAUCAAAAAACUAUUGAUGAAGCUAAAAUAAGAUUUCAACAAUAUUUAAAGAUUAGUGAAGAUAACAAUGCAAUUAAUCCAAUAAAUCCAAAUAUUAGAGGUGUUAUCUAUUUAGUUAUGGCUAAAGAUGGAAAUCAACAAACAUAUGAACAAUUAAAAACGUUAUACUUAAAAGCAGAUUCACAAGAGGAAAAAGUUCGUCUAUUGGUUGCAUUAUGCUAUUUUGAUGAUCCAAAUAUAAUACGUCAAGCAUUAGACUUUGUAUUUGAUACUAAAGAUGUACGUGCACAAGAUCAAACAAUUGGUUUCAGUGCUUGUUCACAUAAUGUUGUAGGCAGAGAAUUAUGUUGGUCUUAUUUACAAAAAAAUUGGCAAACAAUUGUCGAUCGAUUUGGUGAAAGGGAUCCUCAUUUAAUUGAUUUUGUUGACCAUCUAUUACCAGAUUUUGUCACUGAGGAGAAAGCAAAUGAAAUUGAAGCAUUUUUUUCUGAACAUGAAACUCCAUUAUUGGAUCGUACAAUUAAGAAAGCUCUAGAACAAAUUCAAACGCGAGCGGAUGUAUUAAAACGUGAAGAAGAAAAUAUUCGAAAAUUUCUAAUGGAACACGUUGGUGUUUGA